AUGUUCUUAUUGCGUCUAACACAUAGACAUUUGAAAUGCAAUAAAUUUGCAAAGUUCACUAAGGAUCUCCCGACACUUUGCCCUAGAAUCUUGCUGUCAGGUAAUUUGAAAGAUAUAGAGAAAUUGAUAGCUGGAAAUCCAAAGGCAUAUGUGGCGUUAAAAGUUAAGCUUGAAAGCAUUCGAGAAAAUGUUGUGGUCAUAAUAGCCUCACAUUCUCAGCCGAAAGGAAAAAAGUACUCUCAUCCUGGUGGACUGCUUUUCACAAAAUUUGGAAGCAACCAAAUAGCAUUGAUCGAUCUUGCCUUUCCGGUUAUGAAGAAGUUUGGCAUUGAUUGCCCUGCUAUGGAAACUUUAUCCAUUAAAGACAUAUCUUUGGCCAUUGAAAGCACUGAAAAAAUAAUUGGUUGGGCUUUGAGCCAUCACUCUAUGCAAUGCUCUGAAGCCACACUCAAAGAAUCAAAAUUUGUCAUUUCAAUAAAUAGCCAUGGGGUAAACAUUCUACAAGCCAUUCAAAAUGAAAAUAGAAGCGUGAAGAAGUCUCUUAAG